GAAAAUUCUAACCUAACAAAUAAAAAUCUGUCACUGUCAAAUAGAAAAUUUAUUUUUGGAAAUUUUGAUAGUAUCGUGUGAUUAUUUAAUAACUUAUAUUUUGUCUUUUAAAUUAAUACGAAAACGUAAAAAUGGCAUCAGCACCAACAACUAAGACAAGUAUCUGCGAUAAAUUAGGUUUGAAAGCCCUAAAUAGGCAUAAUAUUUUAUAUCAUUAUGCACCGGCUCAUGGAGUGGUCAGCUACACUGCUCUUUCUGUGAAUGUAAUGAAUCCAUCCCUAAUUUAUAGGGUUUGUUCAAAAAGAGAUGUUACUAAUAUACUUUUAUGUCAGUCCGUUGUUUUUACUGGAUUAUAUUUGUAUAAUAGACCACAUUUAAGAACUUUACCUACAAAGGAGAAGAUUUUAUACAGCGCUUUUGGUGCAGUUACUUUCUCCUUAGGUUCUGUCUUAACAUGGGCUAUUUUACGAAGUGUAGUACCUCAAAAUGUGUUUCUCUGUACCAUAGCAGGUGUUGGUUCUGGUCUAGCUCUGGUCAAAAUUGCUCGAACCUAUGUUGAACAUGUGGAUUCUUUAGUGGAAAAGACAGCUUAGAAGAGCUUUUAAUAACUUAGACUAGUUUAUAUUUAAUAUAAUUGUGUAACGGUUUCCAAAAAUAAAUGUUUUUAAUAUUU